AUGGCAGAGAAAGAGGCAUCGAAAGUAGCCUCGUCAGGUUACGAAGGAUUGAAAAAAGCCGAGGCAAUCUCCUUCAAUGCCAAGUGGAUCUCGUUUGCUCACACCUUGUUUGCAAGUCUGUCGUUUCUUGCAGCGUUGGCGGUGGGAGUGGCACUCCAUUAUCACAAAAUUGUCGAGAAUGCCUCGUUUGGUUACCCCGACGAAUGGUUCCCCAGUGUUUCUGCAACGAUUGGGGACAGGUACCCCGAAAGAUCGGUUUUCCAAAUCAUUAUUGCGUUGACCGCAGCCCCCAGGUUUGGCAUGCUCGCAUUGGACUUUAUAUCAUUGUACAGGCAGAGCUCGUACAUCCCCUACGUUGCCGCGAGUGCAGGCGUGUUGCGAACUUUUUCAGCAGGUGGAUGGAUGUACGUGACGUCGACGGACGACCAUGACGCGCAUGACGUGUUUAUGAUUUUGUACAUUUUGUUGACUGUGCCAUGGACCAUGUGCAUCACCUUGUUGUCGCCAAAGGGGUCGUUCCAGCGCAGCGCGAGAUUCUACUCGGCGUGGGCGUUUUUCGGUACGAUUGUACCCUUGAUUUACUGGUUCAUCCAGCACAAGGUCCACGUGAGGGCGGGCGCCUACUCGAUAUACGCCUAUUUCGAAUGGGGGUUGAUUGCGUUGGACAUCUUGUUUGACUCGUGGUCCUACUUGGAUUUCCAGAACAUUGACAUUUCGAUCCUGGGCGAAGGAGUCAAAGUGGUAUCGGGGCAAAAAAAAAAGCCCGUUCAAAAACCGGUAGCAAGCUUUGUUGAGAAGGACGAGUUUACAGUUGCCGAGUUUUUGGCAAACGCCGUGAAUUCGUACAUGUUUUGGACAGUUGUCAGUUCAUUGUAUGUUUGCGUUUGGUAUUUUCCGUUAUGGGAAUUGGGACUCACGGGAUACGAAGCUGUCAUUGUUGUAGUAUUUUUAGCCCCAAUUCUAUUACUCCCUUCCAGUUUAAGAAAAUAUCUCGCGGCCAAUUCUCAAUUUGCUCGAUCGUUGACAGUUACACUCGGAAUUGGAUCCUACAAAAUUGUCGACCCGGAAAAGAGGCUCCUUACGAUCACCGCGGGGACUGCAUUUGCAGUCAUGGCAUUUGUCAAUGAAUUUUGGGCUUUAUCAAAUCAACCGAAAAAACUAAACUCGUACAUCGCCACUUUCACCUUGGGAUUGCUCGCUACAUCGGUGUUUAAAUUUUUAAACUACUCCAACAAUCCGGCGUGGCCCAUUAUGCACGCUGAAAAUGGAGGCUACAAUGGCAUUGCAGUUUUUGUCGGGCUUUUAGCAGCUUUGUCAACGCCCAACAUGAGUGAGACAACGACAUUACCACCAAUAACGGCAAGUUCAGGUGGGUCUCUCUUAUUGGGAGCUUUUGGCUUUGGAGGCUACUUUUUCGCAUUGCAAGCGUUUUUAUCCGAUUCAGGCACUUUGGUCCUUUGGACGUGGGAGGGGUUCCCAAUUCAAGGCCCAACACCGAUAACAGGCGCGCUCCCACACUUGGCUGUGUUUAGCUUGGGGAUUUUCGUCUCGACAAAGUACUCGUCAAUAGCAUUGAGCAGUUGGAGCUACAAUUUGAUAGUUGGAACUGCGAGUGCUGUGGCAACUUACAACUUUAAAGGGUGGGCAGGCUUUGCGGCUACAUUGGUGUACGUGUUCUACUUGGCGACAUUGGCUCCUGUGAUUAUGCAGUCGGUGAGUGGGUACAAUCCAAGUAGGACUUUUUUUGUGGGUUUCCUUGUAGAUAUCAUCAUCUCACUUGGAAGUAUUUGGAUUGUCGCUUAUGCAUUUGUCCCCUACGGACCAUUGUUGAGAGAACGGACCGAUUUGAUCUUGGGUGUGUCAACGGUGUUGAUAUUUGUCGGCGUCUUUAAUUACAGGUGGAGACUAUUUGCCAACGCAAUUAACUCGAGACCGAAACUGGAAAAGACGCCAGCUCCUUUGGCCAGUGGCUGCACAAAUUUGUUGAAACAACUUUGCUCAAUCAUCGUUGUACUUUUAGCGCUCACCUUGGCAGGUACAAUCAAGAGGUAUCCAUCUGAUCUAGGCCACCCUUACAAUGAGAAAUCGCAGUCAUUUACCACAGGUAUCUGGUGUGUACACUUUGGUUUAGAUAAUGACAUGUGGUCAUCGGAAACGCGAAUGAGGGAUCUCAUCAAAGACGCCGAGGUUGACAUAAUUGGACUCUUGGAAAGUGAUACCCAGAGACUCAUUGGCGGUAACCGAGACUUUACGCAAAAGAUUGCCGAGGAUCUCGGCAUGUACGUUGACUACGGACCAGGUCCAAACAAGCACACAUGGGGCGCAGCGCUAUUAUCCAAGUUCCCAAUUCUCAAAUCCACGCAUCACUUGAUGCCUUCGCCCGUGGGGGAGCUCGCUCCCGCUAUCCAUGCCACAUUGGAUAUCUACGGUGAAGAAGUUGACAUUGUUGUGUUCCACUCGGGUCAAGAAGAAGAUGUGGAAGACCGGAGGCUACAAAGUUUAGCGUUGGAGGAGAUUAUGAGCAAGUCCAAGAACCCCAUGGUUUUGUUGAGCUACUUGGUGACUGACCCGCUCCAGGGCAACUAUUUCACGUAUACAUCGGAGAAAUCGCGCAUGCAUGAUAUCGAUUCAACGGACUGGGACCGGUGGUGCGAAUACAUUUUAUUUAGAGAUUUGAAAAAAAUCGCGUAUGCGAGAAUCUCGAGAUCGACAAUUACCGAUACCGAGUUGCAAAUCGCCAAGUUCCAACUUGCUACUCCUGAAGAGAGAGCCGAUUUCAAUGCUGAUUUUUACUACGGCAACAAUUUCGUUGACGAGUAUGAAAUUGACGAGGAGUUGAGGUUGCCGCAAAAGUUUAGAGGCGACGGGGUAAGAGGACAUCGGUACCAUGUUUUUGAUGAGCCGCGAUAUUUCGACCAGCGGAGAGAAAGUUUAUUCUUGUAA